ACCUAUGGCAGCAGCUGAGGCAGCACCUGUAGCAGAGGCAGAGGCAGCACCUGUAGCAGAAACAGAGGCAGCACCUGUAGCAGAAGCAGAGGAAACACCUGUGGCAGCAGCUGAGGCAGGACCUAUAGCAGAAGAAGAGACAGCACCUGUAGCAGAAGCAGAGGCAGCACCUGUAGCGGUAGCAGAGGGAGCACCGACAACAGAAGCAAAGGCAGUAUCUGAAACCGAAACAGAAGCAGCAUCUGUAGGAAUAACAGAGGAACGCCAGUAG